AUGAUAAUCAUUGCAAGAAGAAAUCAAAAAGAGGUUCUUACAAAGAGCCAGCACCUGCACAUGCAUCCUCUCCAUCUGUGCAUUCUCGUUGUCUUUGUAAAUAUCAUCUCCACCCUCGACGCUAACGGGAAUGAGAAGAUAUCAACCUUUGAGCUCCGUGAAAUCCUUCUCUGCCUCGACAUGAGAAGAAAUCUGCGGCCUUCAAGGAAGCUGAGAGAAAUGGAUUGCAACGGAGACACUUGGCAUAUUGAUUUGGAGGAAUUCACGGAUGUCAUUAAUGACACUAGUAACAAGCUUGGAGUUGAUGAGAACGAGGAAGGUCAUCUCAGAGAUGUGUUCUUCACCUUUGAUAUUGAUAGGAUUAAUGGACCCAUCUCUCCUAAGGAACUGCAGCUAGCGGGUUCUCAUCAGCUAGCCUUGGAUGUGAUAAAUGGAGUCUCAAUGAAAGAACGUAGGCGUAUGAUAAAAGCCGUCGAUAAAAAUGGAGAUGACUUCAAUUUGUGGAUUUUGAAGAUUUUCGAUCCACGAUGA